GUCACACGUGGAGAUGACGUGUUUCCUCCGCGCCAUCUCCUGCGCGUCCGCGGAGCGUGCUGAGCGCGGUGAAAAUGGCGGAGGGCGGCGCGGUGCCGAGCGAUGUGUACCAGCACGUUUACAGUUUCCUGCUGGAGAAUAAGUUCACUAAAGCGGCCCAGGAGUUCAGAAAGCAGGCGAAAGUGAAACCCCAGGACCAAAAUGAAGAAGGACUUCUUGACAUCUUCAAAUUCUGGCUUAACUCUAAAGAGUCAAGAAAACGUAAGGUGCUUACCAAUGGCCCCGCUGCAGUCAGCGGGCCAUCUGCGAAGAAGGCCAAACAGGAGAGCUCUAGUAGUGAGGAAUCAAGCAGUGAUGAGGAUGAAGCGCCAGCUGCCAAGAAAGCACCUCAGGUUGCAGCACCAGCUCCAGUGAAGAAACCACUGGCUGCAGAAGAGUCAAGCAGCAGUGAAGACUCCAGCGACUCUGAGGAUGAAGCUGAGACUAAAACUCCUGCGAAGAAAGUGGCAGCGGUGAAACCGGCCGUACAGCCUGCUGCAGUGACAGCCAGGAAAAAGGACACCAGCUCCAGCAGUGAAGAGUCUGACUCUGAGGACGAGCCACCCAAACCUAAAAUUGCAGGAGCCAAGCCUGCAGCUGCAGCCCCUAAAACCGUGGCCCCACCCAAAGCCCCAGCUCAGAAGAAGCAGGAGAGCAGCAGUGAGGAGAGCUCGAGUGACUCUGAGGAUGAUGCCCCAGCUAAGCCAGCUGCGAAGGCCCCUGCUCAAGUGAAGCCUGCAGUUGCAAAGCCUGCAGUUGCAAAGCCUGCAGUUGCAAAGCCUGCAGUUGCAAAGCCUGCAGUUGCAAAGCCUGUAGGUCCAGCUGAGUCCAGCAGCAGCGAGGACUCCUCAGAUGAGGAAAAGGCUCCUCCCAGCAAGAAACCCAAAGCAGGUCCAUAUAGUGCUGUACCCCCCCCUCCAGCUCAGAGUGCUCCUGCACCAGCAGCUAGCAAGACCUCUAAAGAAGACUCCUCGGAUAGCAGUGAGGACAGCAGCGAUGAGGAGGAGGAAAAGAAAGCUCCUGCAGCACCUACGAAGACUGUGACUCCAAAACCUGCAGCCAAGAAGGAUGAGUCCAGUUCAGACAGCUCUGACUCCAGCUCAGAGGAUGAGGCAGAGAGCCCAGCUGCAAAAGCCACACCAUCUAAAGCACCUCUUGCUAAAACCCCAUCAGCCAAAGCAGCCCCUGCUAAAACCCCAUCAGCCAAAGCAGCCCCUGCUCAGAAGGAAGAGUCCUCAUCUUCCAGCUCGGAGGACGACGAAGAGGAAGGGAAGAAGCCGGCUGCCAAGGCAACACCAGCGAAAGCUAAGGCCACCCCUGCUAAGCCUGCUCCUGCUGCAGAGGAAUCCUCCUCCUCCAGCUCGGAGGAUUCGGACGAUGAAUCAGAGAAGCCACCUGCAAAAGCUCCAAUUGCUAAAGUUACUCCAGCUAAGGCUGCAGCUGCCAAAGCCAUUCCGGCUAAACCCACCCCGGCCAAGGCAGCCCCCAAAGCAGCAAAAGAAUCGUCCUCCAGCUCAGAGGAAUCUGAUGAUGAGGAGGUGGCUCCUCCUGCAGCCAAGGCUCCUCCUGCAGCCAAGGCUCCUACUGCAAAAGCAACACCUGCUAAGCAGGCCGAUUCCUCCAGCUCAGAUUCUGAUAGCUCAGAAGAUGAGACUCCAGCCAAGCCUGUGGCCACGCCCAAAGCUCUAGCUACACAGAAGUCUGCUUCCACUCCCAAAGCUGUGGCAAAGCCAGCUGAAAGCAGCUCAGACUCUGACAGCUCCUCUGAAGAGGAGGAGCCUCCUAAGAAAGUCGCUGCCGCUCCUGUCUCUAAACCUGCCUCCAUCCCGACCAAACCAGCCACCAAACCGGCAGAAAGCUCAGACUCGGACAGCGAAGAUUCUGACUCCGAGGACGAAGCCCCAGCAGCUAAACCUGCGGCCGCUAAACCCGCAGCCAAAGCUGCACCUGCAGCCGCUAAACCCGCAGCCAAAGCCGCACCUGCAGCCGCUAAACCCGCAGCCAAAGCUGCACCUGCAGCCGCUAAACCCGCAGCCAAAGCUGCUGCUGCUAAACCCGCAGCCCAGUCCAGCAGCAGUGAAUCUGACAGCUCCGAUGAGGAGGAGGAAGAGAAGGGCAAGGCCCCCCCUGUCUCUAAGCCUGCUGUGACCCCAACCGGUGCUAAGAAGGCUGAGAGUAGCAGCUCAGACUCUUCAGACAGUUCAGACUCAGAAACAGAAGCUCCAAAGAAGACGCCGGUCAAGCCUACUGUGGGCAAUGGAAAAACAGCUACGCCAAAAACUCCCACCUCUGCAGUGAAGACCCCCACCGUAAAACCUGCGGAGUCUUCUUCCUCUAGUGAUGACAGCUCUGAUGAAGAAGACAUGACGAAGGCAGCUGUAAAGACCACACCUGUAGCAAAGAGCACCCCAGCUACUUCAGCGAAAGCCAAGCCAGAAAGCAGCUCAUCAGAGAGCUCUUCAUCCGAGGAAGAGGAGGAAACAGAAACUGCAAAGACUCCUAUUGCUACCCCAAUGAAUGGUACAGGAGGCAAGAGGAAGAGGGAGGAGGAUGACACUGCACAGAUGACACCUACACAGAAAAAAAUCACCACCACACCUCACUCUUUCCCCAAGGCCAAACAGAAGAAAACCAAUGAUCCUUUCCGUAGAGUAAGAGACGAGGAGAUUAAGGUGGACUCCCGCCUGGCAGACAACUCCUUCUCCGCCAAGCUGGGAGCCACUGGAGACUGGGGCGAGAGAGCCAACGAUGUCCUAAAAUUCACCAAAGGCAAGUCCUUCCGACAUGAGAAGACCAAGAAGAAGCGCGGCAGCUACAGAGGAGGCAGCAUCUCCACCUCCGUGAACUCCAUUAAGUUUGACAGUGAUUGAGAUCCGAGCCCAUGAGCAUCCGUUUACUUACUCGAGUCAGGUCUGAGCCCUGUGCCUCACUCCCCAUCCAACCCUGGCUACUUUUACUCAUCCAAAACUGGUGUUGUCACAGGAACUGGCCGCUAGGCAUCUGCAGUGCUGGCCGUGUGUUAGGACAGUGCUCAGGCCAGUAAUCAGGAGUCAGAGAAGCCUGCAGUCGGCCAGAGCAGGACAGGCUUCGCCCACGUCAGUUAACUCGGCUGCAGUUACAUUAAGCAGCCACAAGGUGGUGCCCUUUUGUUGUUUUUCCUUCUUCUUUACCAUGUUAUGUUUUUGUUUUUGUUCCUGGUGACCGAAUGCCACACAAGUCCUAACAUUAUUUUUGCCCAUGUAAGGUUAUCAUAUAAACUGUCCUGGAGAUUUUUUUGAAAGUAACAAUUGUGCUAAUUGCGGUUAUGCUCAGAGCCUCACUUUGGAUAUGAGAUGGAUGAAAGGUUUCUUUCGUAUGUACAGUAUCUUUGUUGGAGAGGUUUCAGGUUGAAUGGUGUGAAGUCUAUAUCAUUGUAAAUUUACUGUUGGAAGAAACAUGACUUAACUGUGCAGCUUAAAUUAGAAGAUUGGUACAGUAGAGCUCACAUCAUUCGCACCCUGGCGGUUUUAGUUUUUGGGUUCUUAUUUAACGUCUGCAGUCGUGUUGUACUCAACGUUUUUCUUUCUUGUAUUAAGGAAAUUGUUUGUAAUUAAAACUUAACUCAGUCUUAA